ACAUGCAUGAAAUGAAUUUGUCACUGUACUUUUUGAGUAGCAAACACCAAAAACAUAUAUAAACAAAUUGUUUUCUUUUCUAUUCUGUUGAAGGAUACUAAUGAUUAUAUGGUAUAUAUAUGGUGCAGCAAAAGAUAGUAAUGAAGGUGCAAAUGAAUUGCGAGAAAGGCAGAACCAAGGCCAUGAAGAUUGCUGCUGUGGCAGAAGGUGUAAUCUCAGUGGCGAUUGAAAGAGAAAAAAGUCUGGUGGUCGUGAUAGGAGACGGAGUUGAUUUGGUUAGCUUGGCCGGCUCACUAAGGAAGAAGCUUGGCUCUGCCACCAUUGAGAGCGUGCAAGAAGUGAAGGCAGAAAGUGCUAAGAAAAAAGACCCAAUUAUAUGUUAUAGCCAAUAUCCACAAUACCCCAUGUAUAUAUGCAGUGGUUUCUGAUCAAUACUCAAGCAAUUGCGCCAUCAUGUGAUGAGUAUUGCAACCUGAUCCAUGAGAUCAAUUGAGAUGUAAAACUUUUUGUCUUUGUUUUGUUCAUGCUCUUGCAUGUUGUUUUCCUUGU